AAGAUCUUAUACUCAGCCCGGAAACAAAGGGAAGGAAAAAGGAAGCAUAGAGAAACGGGAAAAAAUAAAAUAAAAAGCCGAAAACGCAAAUUAUUGCCUCCCUCCAUUUUUCUCCCACAUAUAAAUAUUUUCAAAUCCAAAAUAAUCAUAAUUAAAUAAUUAUUAAUUUCAUUAAUUUGCUCAAAAUUAUUUGAUAAUUAAGUCCUCACCCUCCAUUUUUGUUCUUCUUGUUGCUUCUCAGAUCUGAACUUUCUCAGAAAUUUAGGGGCGAAAUCGAUUCGGCAAAUCAGCGAGGAAAUUAGAUAAAAACAGGGCGUUCAAUACUAGAAUCCGAUUCGAAAUGGAUGAUUUUCCAGGUUUACUGGCCAAAGAUUUUGGGAUCAAACCCCAAGGCAAGUCAGCCCCGAUGGCACCUCCUAGAAAUCCUUCAUCUGGUACCAAUUACGGGUUUGGAUCCGAUUUUAUCCGGUCCUCAUACGGCAACGACAGAUCAUCCUCCAAUUCCAUUUUCGACGAUCAGGAUCGCGACGGACACAUGUUUAACGACGUCUAUGGUGGGCCCCCAAAAUACUCCUCGGAGUCUCGAGCCACAGCUGAGCAAACGUCGUCGAACGAUUACGACUCAUUUUUCAAGGACUCUAAGCCGCCGGUUUUUGACAAGCCUGUUUACGAUGAUGAUCUUUUCGAUGGAUUACCCGGGGUCAAGAGCUCUUCAUCAGCCUCGGCUGCUAAGUUCGACAACGUUUUCGGGAUCUCCCAGUCUACGUCUCGCUCAAGGGACAAGUCCCCGGGCAGCUCGCCGUUUGAUGAUCUGCUUGGGAAUUUAGGGACGAAAGAGUCUGAGACGAAGACGAAGAGCGAAAAAAUGAAAGCGGAGAAAGACGCGCCUCUUUUUGACGAUUUGCUUCCUGGUUUUGGUCGGAGUAGCUCUCCUGCAUCGGCGAGGUCAACAUCAGAUGCUGCCCCCCAGAAACCAGCCACUAAUUCAAGGAAGAUUGGCUCUAAUGUCAUGGAGAAUCCUUUUCAUGCCUUUGAAUCAACAUCAGACACAGCAGAUUCAUCCUCAGGGCUGUUUGUGGACCCUUUGGAAGAAAUAACUAAGCUGAAUGGAUCAGGGAAGUCUGGAGUGUCAUCUGUAAAUGAGGGACUAUUUGAUGAUAUAGAUCCUCUUGAAGGUCUUGGAAAAUCUGUGCCUCUGUCAACUGAGAUCAAUAAGAGAGGAAUGGAUAGGAGCCCUUUAAGAACAGCAAGUGGAUCGCAAACUCCUGCUAGUAAAGAGCCAAAUGAUGAAGAUUUUGAGCACUAUACUAAGAAAAGGAUGCCUUCUACAGAAAAUUUUCCUGAAUCUCAUCAACCUGUGUUUGACAUGCCUAGUAUGUCAACUGAUUUUCAUAGCUCUGUUCAUCACACUGCUAGCCCUCCUCCUUACUCAAAUUUUGGUUCUAAUGACACUAGUUCCCAGGUAAAUGCAACUCCAAGAUCUGAGGAGAACUUUGACACAUCUGAAGAUGUGUGGCUCACUGUGUCAGAGGUUCCUCUCUUUACCCAACCUACUAGUGCCCCACCCCCUUCAAGACCACCACCUCCAAGACCACCACGAGUUUCAAAAUCAGCGACAGGCUCAUUUUCUUCCUCAAACGCAAAAAAGAAGAUCAAUGACAAUUCUUCUUUCCCAAAAUCAGCUCCGUACAAAGACACCCCUCAUUCAACUCAUGCUGCUGCAGGCAGCUCUGCUGCAUCUCAAAUUGAUGAACUGGAAGAUUUUGCAAUGGGUAGGGCCUGGAAUAAUGUGGACCAUGCUGAAGAUUUUUCUGGUGAUGAUUUUGGGACCAACUCAGCUGCUGCAGCUUCUGCUGCUGCGAUGAAAGAGGCAAUGGAUAGAGCAGAGGCUAAAUUUAGGCAUGCAAAGGAAAUGAGGGAGAGAGAGAAUUUGAAGGCUGCAAGAAAUAAAGAAGCUGGUGUAAUGGAUAAAGAUGAGAGAGCUAUGCAAGAUGCUUUGGGUAGAGAAGCUAGAGAAAAGCACGAGAGAUUGGAGCGUGAGAGGCAACAAAGGGAAAGGGAGGAGGAAGAGAGACAGCAAAGGAGAUAUGAAUUGGAGAGGGAAAGGGAGGAGAAGGAGAGAGAACAAAGAAGGCUUGAGAAAGAGAGGGAACAGGAAAGGGCCAGACAAGCUGUUCAAAGGGCUACUAGAGAAGCUCGUGAAAGAGCAGCAGCUGAAGCUCGUGUGAGAGCUGAAAGGGCUGCAGUUGAAAAGGCAGCUGCUGAAGCUCGAGAACGUGCCGAAAGGGCUGCAGUGCAGAGAGCACAAGCUGAAGCCCGUCAAAGAGCAGCAGCUGAGGCAAGAGAAAGAGCUGAAAGAGCUGCUGUGGAAGCGAGAGAAAGGGAAGCAAAAGAGAAGGAAGCUCAGGAGAAGGCUGAAAGAGCUGAAGCAAAGCUUAGAGCUGAAAGAGCUGCUGCGGAGAAGGCUGCUGCUGAGGCUCGAGAAAGAGCAGCUGCUUCUGCAAGGGCAAGCCAGCAAAAUAAUGACAAUGAUCUUGAAUCCUUCUUUAGUAUGGGUUCUCGACCAAGCAGUGCUCCAAGACCAAGAACUAACUCUUCUGAUCCCCUGUUUGAUGGACAAAAUAAGGGAGGGCCUGAAGUAGCUAGGGGAACAUCUGCCGGAUCCUCAUCUAGCAUGAGGAAAGCUUCUUCAAGUGCAAAUAUUGUUGAUGAUCUCAGCUCUAUUUUUGGAGCUGCUGCAUCCUCAUUUGGGGAGUUCCAAGAGGUUGAUGGGGAAACUGAAGAAAGGCGAAGAGCCAGGUUGGAACGCCAGCAAAGAACUCAGGAGCGCGCGACAAAAGCACUGGCUGAGAAAAAUCAACGGGACCUUCAAGUGCAAAGGGAGCAGGCUGAGAGACAUAGAAUUUCUGAAACACUAGAUGUUGAAAUCAAGAGAUGGGCUGCUGGAAAAGAGGGAAAUUUGCGUGCUCUGCUGUCAACAUUGCAAUAUGUCCUUUGGCCUGAAUGUGGUUGGCAGCCUGUUUCUUUGACGGAUUUGAUUACGGGUGCUGCAGUUAAAAAGGCUUACAGAAAGGCAACACUUUGCAUCCAUCCCGAUAAAGUCCAGCAAAAAGGUGCCAAUCUUCAACAGAAAUACGUUGCAGAGAAGGUGUUUGACUUGCUCAAGGUACUUGGAAGCCUGGAACAAGUUCAAUUCAGAGGAGCUGUUCUGACCUUCGAUUCUUGGGUUAUAUAGCUAAUCAAAUUCAUGGUUUUACACCGUGCCUUGGAGUGGAACACAUGACUGUUCUAUCUGCUGCUGCCUGCUUUGGUUUGAUGAACCAUUAAUGAGCAGUUAAAGCUUGUCAUCGGCCCGGCGCUGCUUGAAAAACAUGGGAGGGUUACGUGAGAGGGUGCAGUACUGUUAUUUGGAUCAGGUUGGUGUAUAUUAAGCUUCAUCCAGCUUGUGGCUAUGGAAAGUUAUAUAAUUCAGCGAAUGAAUCAGUUAAAAUCAUCCGCCCCAUAUGCAUAAGAUGAGGGGUAUUUUGUGUUUAUUCUUUUUAUAAUACGAAUAUAAAUUGGCAAAUAGGGCUUUAAAACAAAUAGCAUGAUAUAGUGUAUGAUUGUUGAGAUGGUUGGUAUAUAUCCUCCUUUUUCUUGUU